AUGGGUUCAGCGGCUGCUGUUGUAAAGAAGUGUGCCACUUGCCGUCAGAGGGAGCCCUUGCGAAACUACGCAAUACGCAAUAGAGAGUGCAACGGCCGGGGUCAUGGCGUAGGAACUGGUCGCCAGCUGUCACUUGCUAAAACGCCUGAUAAAACACCUGAUAAAACACCCGAUAAAACACUUGAUAAAACACCUGAUAAAACACCUGAUAAAACCCUUUAUAAAACACUUGAUAAAACAUCUGAUAAAACACUUGAUAAAACACUUGAUAAAACGCCUGAUAAAACGCCUUAUAAAACACCUUAUAAAACACUUGAUAAAACACCUUAUAAAACACUUGAUAAAACACCUGAUAAAACACCUGAUAAAACACUUGCUAAAACACUUGCUAAAACACUUGCUAAAGCACUUUUAUAA